AUGGUCAAGAUCAUCGCCUCCGCCAGCGCUCUGGCCGCUGUCGCCAUUGCCGGCACCAUCAACGAGAUCCCCGCUGACAUGCGCGCACUCAUGGACACGGACGCGAACCCGUGCGAUGACUUUUAUCAGUACGCGUGCGGCGGGUGGUACAAGCAAGCUGUGAUCCCCGCGGACCGUGCCAAGACCGACACGUCCUUCAGCGUCCUUGGCGAGAAGAACGACGCGAUCAUUCGCCAGAUUCUCGGUGCGGGCCACCCCAAGGUGUCGGAGUACUACAAGUCCUGCCUCGACACGCGGACGCUGACCGCCGAGGGCCUCGCGCCCAUCUCGAGCGACCUCCAAAGCGUCAAGACAGCUACGUCGGUGGCUGGCUUGCUUCAAGUCGCGGCCAACCUGAGCAAGAAGGGCGUCUAUGCGUUCACCCAACCUGUGGUGGCCCCGGAUUCGCAGGAUGCGACGGCCAACGUGCUCUACUCGGCCCAAGCGCCGUCGACGCUGACGCGUCAGCUGUACGUCAACCCGCAGUACUGGCGCGUGGUCCAACCCGCGUACAAGCAGUACAUCACGUCGAUCUUUAAGCUCGCGGGCAAGACGACGGCUCAGGCGACCGCGGCGGCCAAUACAAUCAUCGACUUUGAGCUGCAGCUCGCGGGCGUUCAGCUCUCGAAGCUCGAGAUGCUCGAGGCCAAGACGGCCAACUAUAACGCGCUUACGUACUGUGAUGCGGCAGCCAAGUACCCGCUCACGGUUGGCGCGCAGCUCCAAGCCUACGGCUUUCCCACCAAGAACUGCGAUAGCCAAAAGAUCAUUCUCAACGACCUCGACUUCUUCGACCGUGUCGAAGCACUUGUCGGCGGCCAGUCGCUCUCGGCGCUCAAGACAAUCUUCGAGUUCAAGGUCCUCCACACGUACGCGCCGUCGCUCGCGCCGUCGUUUGGCACGGCGCGCUGGAAGCUCUUUGGCAAGCUCAUUGGCGGUGAAAGCGUCGAGCAGAGCCGCGAGAAGAAGUGCACGGCCGACAUCCAAGAGAAGCUCGGCGACCUCGUCUCCGACUACUUCGUCAAGGCGACGUUCGACACCAACUCGGCUGCUCGCGCCGAGGAGCUCGUGCAGGCGCUGCAGACGUCGUUUAAGCAAGGCAUUGCGACCGCCGCGUGGCUCGACGAAGAGACGCGCGACAAGGCGAUCACCAAGCUCUCAAAGUUUGUGCAUUUGAUUGGCGCGCCGACGUCGCCCCAGACGUACCCGAGUUUGAACCUGAGUGCGACCGAGUACAUUGCCAACAUCAACAAAAUCACGACGUUCGAGACCGACGCCAACUUACAGCUCAUUGGCACCAAGGUCGACCGCACGAAGUGGAGCUCGCCCGCGGCCGAGGUCAACGCCUACUACGCACCGUACGUCAACUCGAUCACGUUCCCGGCUGGCAUUCUCCAGUCGCCCUUCUUCUCGGGCAAGUUUGACCCGGCCCGCAACUUUGGCGGCAUCGGCAUGGUCAUUGGCCAUGAAAUCACGCACGGCUUUGACGACUCGGGUCGCAAGUACGACGGCGACGGCAACGUGGCCGACUGGUGGAGCGAUGAGACGUCGCUUGCGUUCAACAAAAAGGCCAAAUGCAUCAUGGACCAGUACAGCGCCUUCAACGUGCGCAGCGAAACGUCGGGCAACUCGCUCGGCAAUGUGAACGGCCGCUUGACGCUCGGUGAGACGAUUGCCGACAACGGCGGUCUCAAGACGGCGUUCCGCGCCUUCCACAACUACACCGAAACGGUGUCGCCCUCGGCGUUCACCAAGGAAGUCGGUGACAAGGUCUUCUUUCUCUCGUUUGCGCAAAACUGGUGCUCGAAGAACACGGACGCGUACCUCCAGCUUUUCCGCAUCUACGGCGCCGUCCAGAACAACGAUGCGUUCGCAAAGACGUUCAACUGCCCACUCAACUCCAAGAUGAACCCGACCAAGAAGUGCUACCUCUGGGAGUAA